GCUACAUCUGAGAGUGAACCUCUGAUACCAACGGAUGUGCAGCUGCCCGCUACAUCUUACAUAAGGACCAGGCCCGGCACCAGCGAAGUUCGAGGCUGGUGCCAUGGCUAGCCCUGCGAACUCGCAGGACAAGCCCACCCUGGGAGAGGUGAUUGACAUGAUCGGGAUGGGCCCUGCGCAGAUCCGUGCCGGUCUACUGGGCGGCGGCGUUUGGAUGGCCGAUGGCGCCGAGCUGUUGCUGAUUGGCAGUGUGGCCGAUACUUUGUCGCGUGAAUGGGAGCUGUCACGAUUCCUCAAGGGUUUCGUGGUGACCAUCGUCUACACGGGUCUCAUGGUGGGAAACAUCGCCAGCGGCCCCGUGGGCGUGCGCUUCGGUCGCCGGGAGGCGGUGCUCACCUCCUAUUUCUGCAUUUUUUGUUUCAGCAUCUUAUCCUCUACGGCCAGCUGCAUUGGGUUCCUGUUGGCCUGGCGUUUCGUGGUGGGGUUCGGCAUCGGCGUGGGACAACCUGCCUGGAUGGCCAUUGCCUCCGAGAUCACGCCCUCGAGAUGUCGAAUUCUGACGGCGGCCAUCACGCAAUCCCUGUUCUCCGUGGGAGAAAUCUAUGCUGCAUUUCUUCUUCAGAUCGAUGACCCCAGCUUGAAGCACUUGGACUGGCGGCGAAUUAUUCAGAUGGGCGCCGUUCCACCACUGCUCCUGCUAUGUCUAAGUGCUCCGUUUCUGCAUCAAUCACCCAGCUACCUGCAGUUGAAAGGACGUCACGCCGAGGCCAUGUUGGUCUUGGACAGCAUGCGCCGGGACAAUGGCGCAGAGGUCUCGGUGGAUUUCAGGUUGCCUCCCCAGCCCUCCCCUGCGGCUUCUGAGAACUUCCUGGGCGUGCUGCAACGGCAGGGCCAGAUCAUUUUGGGCAGCAAGUUGCUAUUUCCCACCUUCGCCGUGGCGUUCUCUUGCUUCAUCACCAAUUUGUCCUACUUUGGCUCCCUCUAUGCCUUCCCGCAAGUCCUGUCCGACUUGGUCGACAAGGGUGCAGCCAAACAACUCUUUCUCGGCGCGCUAUGGGAAAUGCCGGGCAUCGUUUUGGGAUGUUUUCUGGGUAUGCUCUACCCCAGGAUCACAAGUUUGAAGUUCUACCUGACCAUGUUGGCUACCGUCCUGCUGCUCUUCAUCGUCGGUGGUAACAAUCGCGACAGACACUGGGCCUUCGAUGUGUGCCUCUUUACGGGGUACUAUGGUGUGAAGAUGGCGGCCCAGCUGGGCUUUGUCCUGGUAUACCAGGUGGCCAAUGAGAUCUACCCCGCGGAAGCCCGGACCUUGGGCUGCGGCGUGUGCCUGGCUGGGGGCCGACUGGCGGCCAUGCUGGGGCCCUUGUUCUUCGAGGGGAUUACUGCCCUCACGGGCACUUGGUUAGCCUUCUUUUUGACCAUGGCUGCAGGGGCUGUUCUGAAUCUAUGGAUCAGCGACCUCAUUCCAGAGACGGCACAUUUGAUCUUGGACGAGGAACCGGCCAAAGAGAGCUGAGUCUCGGUGACUGCGAUGUCAUGCGAUGUCCGUUUGAAAAGG